AUGGCAAAGAGUGUGCGAGCCAGCGUUUCCAAGCGCAAUCGCGCAAAUCUACGUAAAAAUGUUUUCGGCCCUGUGGCCGACGCUCGCACAGAGCGACUGGCCGCCAAGCUUCAAGAGCUUGCAUCACAGCCUCGACCAUCUCAGGAGAAACCGACUGGGGAGCAGAGCUCCGAGAAAGCAGGCGAAGAUGCAAACGGUGCAAAUCCUGUUAUGAACGAGGAUGAAAUGGAACUUGAUGCGAAAGCUUCCAAAAAUCGAGUUCAAAAGGCCGGACGAGUUCAGAAGCGCAACCGAAAGCCGCGAAAUUCCAUGGUGUCUGGAAGAAUGGCAAUUCUUUCAGGACACUGGGCAGUUCUCCUCGCUAAUUUGCUGGUGCCUGUGGGCAUCCUUGUUUUCUCUACUGGUUUUUUCCCCUAUAAACCGCUUCUGCCAGGCCUAGCCAUACUGGAGGAUAUCGAUCAAGAUGUGCCCCCUGUCUUUGACAAGGUGAUUUUCAUGGUGGUAGAUGCACUAAGAAGUGACUUCGUUUACUCUCAUGAAUCGGGGUUUCAAUUCACUCAGAGUCUGAUUCGAGAUGGUACCGCCAUUCCUUUCACGGCACGUGCAAGCUCACCAACGGUGACAAUGCCUCGGCUGAAGGCGAUUACUACUGGAUCUGUCCCCUCGUUUUUGGAUGUCAUCUUGAACAUCGCCGAAUCCGAUACCAGCUCAACCCUUGCCUACCAAGAUACUUGGUUGGCACAGCUCAAGGCCAGGGGAGAUCGCCUUGUGAUGUAUGGAGACGAUACAUGGCUGAAACUGUUUCCAGGCAUGUUUGACCGUGCAGAUGGGACGACGAGCUUUUUCGUAUCAGACUUCAUAGAAGUAGACCAGAAUGUGACGCGUCAUGUGGCCUUUGAGCUUUCCCAACCAGACUGGUCUGCUUUCAUUAUGCAUUAUUUGGGCCUUGAUCACAUUGGACACAAGGCAGGCCCCAAAAGUCCUUUCAUGCCGGCUAAACAUAGAGAGAUGGAUGAUGUGGUUAACGAGGUCUACUCAGCGUUGCAACAAGAACCACAUCUUAACUCUACACUCUUCAUACUCUGCGGGGACCAUGGUAUGAAUGAAGCGGGGAACCACGGUGGUUCCUCGGCUGGGGAGACAUCUCCGGCUCUACUCUUCAUUUCUCCCAAACUAGAGCAACUGGGAACUCAGUUGCAAAGUCCAAUCGGACAAAAUGGUGAUUUCGAAUACUACCGGACUGUCGAACAAGUGGACAUCACUCCUACACUAGCUGGGCUAUUAGGGUUGCCGAUCUCACGGAACAGUUUAGGAAUUUUCAUCCCGGAGUUCCUUAAUAUGUGGGAUUCAGACGGGCAAAAGCUCAAAAUUCUACAUCGCAAUGCUCGCCAAUUAUUGACAACUGUCGAAGCUACUUUUCCCGGUUCUUUCUCCAGCGAAAACCCUACUGGGCUAGAUUGCGAAGUACCGGCUUCUGACAUUGCAAGAGCCCAAUGUCUUUGGUCAAGAGUUCAUGAACUCUUCAGAGAGACAAAUAAGGAAAUGGCAUUUCGAACAAUAAGCCCUGCUCUACACGAGGUUCUAGGGAUUGCACAAAAUGUGAUGAGCAGCACCGCUAGUAACUACGAUGUGUCACGACUUGGCCUGGGACUCCUCAUUACUACUGCCGCGGCACUGCUGGUUUUGCCAACAGUGUCCCAUCAAUGCGCACGAUCUUAUCACGCCGGCUUAUUCCUGGCACUCAUGGUUAUCGGCUACGGGGCAAUGAUGUUUGCAAGCAGCUACGUGGAGGAAGAACAGCAGUUUUGGUAUUGGAUCUGCUCGGGAUGGAUCUUUUAUUUACACAUCAAAUCGGGGGCUUACAAAUCCAGUUCACAUCAUGGCACUGGGCUUUUCCAUCGCACGAAUGCUGCUACACUAGGAUUGCUGAUGGCGCAACGUAUUCUCCGACGCUGGAAUCAGACAGGACAGAAGUUUGCUGCAGAACCUGACAUUGCUCACACUCUAUUCUCAAGAAAGCCAGCCGUGAUGUGGGCACUGGUCGCGCUGACGUAUAUGGACUCGGGCUAUCACUUUCUACAAGGGUUACCAGCUGCGGUUCUACCACGACUCGGCGCUUUCGUUCUCCCCGCUCUGGCUCUUGUGUUCAAAAUGAAUUUCGUCGCAAACGACUCGCCGGAGCUCCUCGCCGAUUCAAUUUUAUCAAGACUCAUGGAGGCCUGGCCAAAAGACCUCUCUCUGGUUUGGCAGGCAAGGCUCGUCUUUGCAUGCCUGACAUGCUGUUCACUGGUUGCGAUUUUCAAUAGAGGCAACUCGAAGAUCACAGGAGGUAAGUCUGAAUUCGCUUUUGAACUGGCGGAUGUCCAUAUUGAUCUAGCUUGCUAG